AAAACAUUCGCACAUUAUUGUAUCGUAUAUCUCUACAAACUCCAGGGAGCCGUAGAUCCGAGAAGUUUGGGAAAAAAACCCUAACUUCUCUUAUUACUCACAACUGCAGCAUCUCUUCUCUCCCUCUACAUCUUCAGUCAUGGCGGGUGCAGCUCCUGAAGGAUCACAGUUUGAUGCUCGUCAGUAUGAUUCGAAAAUGACAGAGUUGCUAAAUGCUGAAGGGCAAGAUUUCUUUACCUCAUACGAUGAGGUCUAUGAUAGUUUUGAUGCCAUGGGAUUGAAGGAGAACCUCCUCAGGGGCAUUUAUGCAUACGGUUUUGAGAAACCCUCAGCAAUUCAACAAAGAGGAAUUGUACCUUUCUGCAAAGGUCUUGAUGUGAUUCAACAAGCUCAGUCUGGAACUGGAAAGACUGCUACGUUUUGCUCUGGAAUUCUGCAACAACUAGACUAUGAACUACUAGACUGUCAAGCUUUGGUCUUGGCACCUACUCGUGAGCUUGCACAGCAAAUUGAAAAGGUCAUGCGAGCACUUGGAGACUAUCUUGGUGUCAAGGUUCAUGCUUGUGUGGGAGGCACCAGUGUCCGUGAGGAUCAACGCAUCCUUUCAAGUGGGGUUCACGUUGUUGUGGGAACCCCUGGACGUGUAUUUGACAUGCUAAGGAGACAGUCUCUCCGCCCUGAUCACAUAAAGAUGUUUGUAUUGGACGAGGCUGAUGAAAUGCUUUCCAGAGGCUUCAAGGAUCAG